GUGUGAAUGAAACAUAGUAUGAUCCGAAACGUUUUGAAACGUUGUCAUUUAAGUUUGGAUGCACCCACUUCACUGUUUCACAGUCUCAGCAGGACCCUCGCUCCAGCUUGGAAGGUAAACUUUUUGGUCUCGAACGAGGUGCAAGAACCUGGAUGGAGAUGGAGGAGUGAAGAUUCAUCUCACUGCAGUUUCGUGGAUAAGGAAGAACAACAACAACAACAACCUGCCAUUCAGAUUUCGCAUCCUUGGCCUGAAUGGGUCGACUUCAUGAAGUGCUUGUUCAACAGAGGAUACUUUGAUUUUGCAGAGGGAAACCCAUUUCUGAAUGGUCAUUUGGGUGCAAAAGAAUCCAAUGUUAUUAGAACUGCAUGCCUCAACUUCGGUAGAGACCAGUUUGAUCUUUUAAGAUUCUUGUCUCAAAAAGAUAUAGGAGUUACUGUAGCAUUUGGAUGCCCAAGCUUAGAUAGGAAAGUGAUCAACUCAGGAAAGCGUCUGAGAGCACAUGCAGGCAUUGAUGAGGGAAAUGUGUGCAGCUCCUGCGAUUUGAGGGGGGACUGUGAAAGGGCAUUUGUGAAGGCACGUGAAGAUGAAGGUGGAAGAACAGUAGAUGUUAUGCGUAUUAUUUUGACUUAUGGGCUUGACCCCCUUAUUGGUUCAGCGGAGAACAAACCAUGUCAAACUAAAAAGGUUAAAGAAUCUGUAAGAAGACUGCUGAAAGAAAUAGUAGAGCACAGUACUGAAAAGGAAAAUUCUAAUUUUCCAGACACCACAAAGGUUGUCAUCGGACAAGACCAUCCCAAUCUGCAAGACAAGGGCAAAAUAGAUGUUCCAAUGAAGCAAGGCGACUGGCUUUGCCCCAAAUGCAAUUUCAUGAACUUUGCCAGAAAUAUCAAGUGCUUGCGCUGUGACAGCUUAUUUGAGGAAAGAAUCAAGCAAUUGCAGGAGGAUAACAAUCUCCUACCUUUGAAGAAGGGAGAUUGGAUAUGCAAUAUAUGCAACUUCCUAAAUUUUGCAAAGAAUACAAGAUGUUUACAAUGCAAAGAGAAGCCUCCCAAGCGUCACCUUAAUCCAGGAGAGUGGGAAUGUGACUCGUGCAACUACAUCAAUUUCAGAAGAAACAUGGUUUGCCUGAAAUGUGAUCAUAGACGACCUAGGGUGUCAAAUGCUUCAAACUCUUCUCUUCAACCUCAGCGACAAGAUGAAGACCGCCAGAAGAAUAGAUUUACAUUUGUGGGACAUCAGGGUGAUAGUAGUGACAAAUCACCAAUGGUGUCUGAAAGAAAGAACUGGGACAGAGAUUCACAUAUGUGGAGAUUUGUAGAGGAUGGAGUUGAAAACCACAAGUGCUUAAAUAAAUCAAAUGAUCCUUCUCAAGUUAUAGAUUUUCCUAUAGCUGGAGGUAAGACUAACUUGUCUGAAGCACAAAGGAGAGAAGCAUUUAAGAAUGAAUUAGGGCAAAGUGAAACUGAUAAUGAGUUAUGGCAAAGUGAAAGUGAUGAUGAGUUAUGUUCUGCGGAUAAUCAGAGUACCGAUGAUGAAGAGAUGGCCGAAUGGUUUGGAAAUGGUAGAACGGAAAGGUAGGAUUCCAGAAAAGAUGACUUCGAUCAUAUGUUUUGAUAUUUAUAUCAAACUUGGAACUCUAUAGACCAUACGCAUGUCAAAAUAUAUUAAAUACUUGUGAGGCUCUUUAUAUUUUGUCGUGUUGGACAGGCUGCUCAAAAGUCAGAAUG